AUGGCGGAGGACUCCGGCGCCAUCCUCCGCCACAUCUCCUCCCUCAAGGAUAUGGUCGACAAGGUCAAUGAAGAGAUUGAACAAAACAUACAAAAGACCAGGGAAAUAGAAUCAGAGAUAGUGCAGCAUUCUGAAACCGAAAAGCAAUAUCUCAACAAGGAGUCUGAGUUGACAAAAGAAGUAUCAGUUACUGAGUUUGAACUCAAUGGCCUUAUCCAAAUGGCUGCUGCUGAAUCAGAUUUACUUAAAGUGGCUGAGGGAAAUUUGGAAUUCCAGAAAGUUGCUCAGGAUAGGAUUCGAAAAAGAUUGUCUGAUAAGAUGGAAAAAUUCAUCAAUGAAUCUAUGGGGUUUCAAGCCAAUAUGCUCAGAAGUUCGAGUGAGGAUUUAGUUCUCUUACUGAAUGAAAAAAGUUCACUGGAGGAUGAAAGUGCGAAAUUGAAAAUGAAGAUAAACACUAUACAUAGUUCAUCCAAGGAAUACAUUGCAGAGGUUCUUGAGGAAGUAAAUACAGAAAAUUCAGUUCUGGAGUCUGAGCUACGGUACAUGAUUUUGGAAUAUAAGGAUGUUCAAAAGGAUAUAAACAACCUGAAGGUUCUGUUUAGUUCAAGCAAUUCAUAG